UUAACCAUCAUUACUUUAAACAGCCUUUUCUGUAGAGCCUAUGAAGGCUUUUAGACAGUCAUUCAGAUUGUUUGUAACCACCUUUUUUGGACUCUCGAACAUAGUUAGCCAGUAAAUUUUGAGAUUAAAAUAGAGUAUAGGAUUUUACAUGGACUGUAUCUAGUUAGGUAUGAAUAUACAAAGAAAUCACAGAAAUAAUGACCUUUUACUAUUCUUUUGUGUGCUUUUUGUAGCCACGUUUUUGGGUUCUACAUGUAAUACAGGAACAUUUUGUUACUUGAUAUACAUACAUUGAGAUCUGUUACAUAGACUGCAUGUGUUUUUUUAUUUUUCUUGAGCCAAGUUUAAAAGUAAUGGCUAUUUUAGUAUCGUGAUUGUAUCAUGUAGGUGUGGUUAGACAUAAUUAAUUUUUCAAACGAUGCCUGGUAAAAGAAGCAAGAAAAGGAUUGGGGUUUUAAAGAAGAAUACAAGACCCAGGAAAGCAGUAGACAAGACCGCUAGUAUGGAAAUUGGAGAUGGUUCUUGUAAUGACAUUGUAGAUAAUUUGUCCACAGUAUGUACUAGUAUUGACAGAGCCACUGAUACAAUAGAUGAUAUGGGUGGAGACCAUUCCUUUGUUACUUGUGCCUAUGGUUUGGUGUCUUCUUUAACUGAUUGGCAUGUCACAGCAAUGGACGAAAAAGUUCAGGUUUUCCAUUUAAAGCAUAACACUAGCUCAUCAUCUGUACCAGUAGCUGUCUCAAAAGUACUCACAGUGAAUAAUGAUUAUACUUGGUGCUGUCAGAUGAAUGGUCUUACUGUGCCACACUCCUGCUCUGCUCUUUCUUCUUUUCCUGAUAUUAUUUCAAUUCAUGAUUUUUCUCACCUCCUUACAUCCAUUAUGAUGAAUACUGUUUGUCCAAGUAAUGAUGAUAGUCGAUUUGUAAAGUUUUGUGAGCUAAAGAAUGGAAAAUUACUGUCGGUAUCAAAGAAAGUUGUUGCUGUCUUAGAUAAGUCAGAUCUUGAGGUAACCGUUCGUCACAUAUCAUGUCAUGUCUUGGUUGUUAACGGAAGAAGAUGUUCUGUCUGCACAAAGUAUCGUUCUAGGCUAAGAUCUAUGGUAUCUAGUUUUGAGAGAAGCAAGCAACCGUUAUCUAAGACUCCAUCUAUAUGUACACCCCAGCAAAAGCUACAGAGAAAGUCACUGAGAAGGUAGAUUAAAAAUCUUUCUGACAAAAAAAGACAGCUGACCUCUCAACUUGAUUCAUUUACCAAAAGAUCUGGCAUUGAUACUGACUCACUCUUGCACAACGACUUGAUGACAGUAGUUUCAAAAAACCAGGUAGUUAUCAACAAGCUAUCUAAGAAUAACUUUCAAAAAAUUUUCUGGGAGCAACAAGUAAUUUUUAUUUCAAUUAAUAAUAUGUGUAUUAUAAAUGUAAAUUUAUAGGUUUCUGUACUUAAUAAAUGUAGUCCAAAUGCAGCUCGAUAUCAUCCACUUUUCAUUUGGUGGUGUCUCAAUAUUAUGCUAUCUUCCCCUAACACAUAUAAUGUCAUCAGAGACUUCGGGAUGCUUAUUUUGCCUUCUCAGAGGACUCUUAGGGAUUAUAGCAAUUGGUGCAAACAACAGCUGGGUUAUCAGAGUGAGACAUUCACACAGCUACUACAGGAUUAUAGAAUCUCUGAACUAAAUGAAGCUCAAAAACAUAUUGCAUUGAUUUUUGAUGAAAUGAAAAUAAGGGAGGGAUUAGUGUUUGAUAGUACUGAAGGUAACAUUAUUGGCUACACUGACACUGGUGACAUUAAUGAAAAAUUGAAGAAGUUUAAAGCUAAGUUAUUAGGAGAUGUCAAAGCUGAAUCAGAGGUUGUAGCGACACAUAUGCUUGCUAUUUGUGUUCAAGGUAUCUUUUUUAACCUCAAUUAUCCAAUUGGACAAUUUUCUACUACUACUAUAUCUGGUCAAGAAUUAUACCAUAUUGUAUGGUCUGCUGUGAGAAGGCUUAAAGAGAUAGGGCUUGAAGUGGUUCUAGUUGUAGCUG